AUGGACAGGAUUUGCAAUUUCGCCUUGAGAUUACAGGAAAGCUCUGGGAAAUCCGAACUUCCAAUAUUGAUUCUCUAAUGGGCAGAGGACAUUACAAGACACACUUUACUCAUCAAGGAUGUGUAACGCUACUAAGUGAUGGCAUAUAAGAAGGCUGGAUAAGAGACGAUGCAAGUUACAGAAAAAACACCUAGGAAAAUAGUGCUAGCAUCGCCAAAACCAUUAUCAUUUGUAAAAAGUGAACCGAAAUUGAAAACGUUCUAUUUCAGAGGGAACCCUCAAAAGUAGUCCAUAAAAUAAUUGAGCGAUGCAUUGGAUGAAUAGAAAUUAUAACAAUAACUGCUAUCACCACAAUAACAGCAGCCCAAAAAGAAAACCUUCGUGAUCAAGAAAAACAAAGUCAAUGAACCCAAGGAGGAAAAGGAAGAGAAAUCUGUGGUCGAAGAAAAGACUGAGCAAAAGAACGAAAAGUUUGAUUGGAGCAGUUCCGAAGAGGAAAACCACGAUUAAUAGAUCGCGUAGACCAAUCAAAUAUCAGUGAUUGAAGAGAAGAAAUCAAAGGAACUGAGGAUCAAAUUUCUGAUGAGUGAGUUGCAAUUGAAAUUUGAAGCUAGAGUUUUUGAAAUCAAAAAAACCAAGGAUUAGAUCGUGUAUCCAAUUCAAGCGAUUGUCAAAUUACAGAAUCAUUGGAGAAGGAAGGCAGCUUAAAAGAAAUUAGAAAUUUUGAGGAGGGAAGAAAAGCGAAGGAGACUUUAGGAGAGAUUGGAGGAACUCAUAAGGAAGAUUCAGAAGUGGUUUAGAGGUUUGAGGAUUUAGAGAAAAUUCAGAGAGAUAGCGUAUCAACUGUUGGACAUCAAGAGAAGAACGAUUUUUCCUAAAAAAUAAUUUUUGAGUGCAAUUCUCAUACAAAGACACAUUAGAAAGUGUAUUGCAAUCAAAAGGUUUGUAAAUCAAUCAUAAAAAUCAGAGAAUCUAAUCAGAAAGAGAUUAAUUACAUUCCAUGUUAAGUAGGUUUCUGAUAAGAUUUAAAAUAAAUUGUUUUUGUUCCAAUUGACUUGGAAUGAGUAGAAGUUUUAGUUUAAAUUGUAGGCAUAUGCCAAGAAGAAAUGUGAUAGGGCACUGUUAAAACCCUUCAUAAUUGAGAUCAACGAGAAGGACUUCUUCUAUAUGUUUGCUCGUAUAGUCGAGUUUUAGGAUGCGUUGUAGGCUGAAAUUGAGCCGAAUCAAGCUCAUCUUUAAGUGAUUCAAUAUUGUUGCAAGACCAGCCAAUCCUUUAUUUCGAUCGCUGAGCACUCUUAUAACUUGAAGCUGGACAGAAUUCACGUUGUGAAAUACUUGACAAAGAUACAGUUUGAGGAUUUAGUGUAUAUGGAUGAAUAAAAUAAUUUGCAGAUUGCAGGUUUCACAGACUUUGCUUAUAGUGACAUGUACCAAGUGAUUUAGGAGUAAUAGAAAUAAAAACUGGAGGUUAUGCACAAAAUUGGUAAUCAUUUGCAAUUGAUUACAUUCUUAUAAAGUUAAUUUAAAGCAAGAAAUGCAAUAAACACGAUGAGAUUCAAAGUGAAUAGGAGAAGACACAUCAAAGGGUAGUUUGGACUGAGUUUCAAGUCAGGGUAUUGUCAAGUCUUUAUCAAUGAUAAGGAUGAGAUAUUUGGCAAGGUGAUCUACGAUCGUAAAUGGCAAAUAACGAAUAAAUUCAAAAUCAGUCCAUUGAUUACUAAAUAAUUGGGAUAUCCAUGCAGAGAGAACUUCUUUGAUAUUUACUAAAUCCAGGGGGACACUCUAACCUACACAGAAGAGGGGUAGUAUUGGAUUCACAAAGAGAUGGAGGCAACACAAAAGAAGAAGCAAUUCUCCUUCUCUCAAAUCGAGAGUUGUGUGAGGGUGAUUCAAAAGUCUAUCAGACAACACUUGUGUUAAAAGGAAUACAUGAUCAAGAAGAACACAAGGUAGUUCUAGUUUUACAAGAAUGAAGUCAAAUGCACCAGUCUAGUAAAGAAAGUAGUUGUGUCUGGGGAGUCUCCUGCCAGAGCAUUCUUUAUGAAUUUCUCGUUGAUAGUCGAUUAGGUCACAAAUGAAUAAUCGAUUAGUAUAGAUGUUAGGUCUUUGGAACAUAAGUUCCCUUCUGAUUACAUCCAUCCAUACAAAUAGCCAUUGUAUAGUGAGAUGUCUGUUGGUGAAUUGACAAUGAUCGGGUAGAGAAUGAUGACGAUUGGUAAAGUGCUGUAGAUUAAGGGAUCUUUAAGAUUUGAUGUGAGAAAUCUGAUGGAGGUGUAGGGGAUGUUACUUAAUGAAUAGGAUUAUGAUCAAUCUAAAACUUCAGAGAAGAAGGAUGAUACCUUGCAGGCUAGAAAAUUGUGGAAUUCGCAUAUGAGAAAAGCAUGGAUUCAAGACUCGAAUGUUGAGACUGAUAUCAAUAUCUUGGAGAAGGUUAAGCCGAAGUAGAUGAAGAAUAAGAAGAGAAGCAAUCAGUAUUUGGCCACUUUGUUUAUAAGAAGUAAUUAUUCAAGUUGGAGACGUGGUUACUACAAUGGUCUGAUGAAUUAAACUGAUGUUAAAUGCUAUGAUUAGGAGUCUAUUUCUAACUAUGUUCGUGAGUUCAAAUACAUCAGUGAUUAUGGAUAUGGAGGAUUGGAAGAGGGACAAUACAAUUUGGAUUUCUUGUAAUUGAGAAAAGAUGAAUAUGAUCAAAGGGAGUAGAGGAAAGCAGAGGAGGAAUAGGAGAGGAAAUUGAAGGAACAGCAAAUCAAGGAUGAAGAGAAUAGAAGAAUUCAGAAGGAGAAGGAAUCUCGCAUCUUAAUGUUUUAAGAGUAUUGUGUGGUGAGUUCACAAAGAAUUCUAGUGAGAAUCAUAUUCAACAAGUAGACUAAUCAAUUGGAAGUGGAAGGGAAGACGGAAUUGAAUGUGAGUUUGGGAUGCAAUAUUGAUAUUCUCAGUGUUUUAAACGGGGAAGUGGAGAUGGAGUUCUUGAAGUAGAAUUUGAGUCAGAGUGUUGUUAAGUAUCUGCAAAUAGAUGAUGGAGCAUUGAAUUUUGUAAGUGAUUUCAGAGCCCAGGAAUAAUUGUUGAUAGAGUAGGAGAUAUGGAAGGCAAGACAGCAUCGUAAGCCCAAUAUGGAGAAUGUGGAAGGGGAGAUCUACAAUUUGGUGGAUGUCUUUAUCAAUUUGAAUAAGAGUAAGUCUAUGUAUGAGAAUUUGAUUGAGAAUAAGUAUUAGGCAGUAGUGUUGAGAUCAAAGAGAUGCAUGGAUAGAAUUCACGAAUACUUGAUUAAUUUGAGUGAUCAAUAAUUAAUAUUCACUGUGUAUUACGAUGACUUUCCAGAAAUGUUUAAGACUCACAUAAUACCUGCAAGGGAUUUUGAGAAUAAUCGACUGAUGAAGGUGUUUAAGAAUAGUCCUCCUCAAAAGAUCUGCAAGAUCUUGACUCCCCUCAUGAACUACCUGGAUGACAAUUUAGUUAUCUAUGAAAAUCAUUCAACAGAUUUCUUAAGGAUCAAACCCUCCCUAAGCAAAAUAUUCAAGGAUUUAUUUGCUCUCAGAAUUCAGAGAGCCCUCAAAAUAAAGUCACAAUUUAAGUAUUACAUGCAGUACAGAAAGAGAAGUGAGAAAAAUAUCUUUUUGAUGCAUCGUUACAUCCAGAAGGACAAUAAAUAUAUAAAAAUUAUGUUCUUCUUGACUCAAUAUCAAAUCAAGAUUGUAUUUCAUUAAUUGAAUGAAAUUGAUGGCAAUGGUAACAUAGUCGAUACUAAAGUAAAGAAAGUCUACUUUUUGAAUCUGCUUGAUUAAACACUCGAUCAAAAAGAGUUUGCCAAUGUCAAAGACAAGUGGAUUGAAAACAAAGGAGUGCAUCUGCAAAAUUAUUAUGAGUAGAUGUAUAAACCUCUAAUUGAAUAUAUCAUUCGUGUCAUUAGAGUGGAGACUCCCUUCGAAAUUUCUUUUGAAAAUGAAUUCAAAGUUACUGAAUUGAAGGAUAUCUAAUAGAAGAAAAAGAAUGAUACUCAAUUUUACAGUAUGAUUCAAGCUAUCACCAAACUCUAAGUGCAUUACAAAACAAGAAAAGAUAUGCAGAUCUACAAUCUCAAAGUUUAAUGUACGGAUAAGUCACUUGUGAGGUAGAUCGGUAAGAAAUUCAAUAGGAGUUUCAAAGUAAUCCAGGAUGAGUACUAUAUUGUUAACAUGUACAAACUUCUCUAAGGAUAUGAAACUCAAAUCACCGUUGAUCUGAUUUCAUACCACAACAAACGCAAUAGAUACAGAGGAAUCCACAUCUUAGAUUCCACCGAGAUGGUCAAUAUUGGAUCCAAUAAGAUAGCGGAGUAUAUUCUCAACCUAGUUUUCAUCAAAGACGAUUUGCUCUAGUUUGAGAGCAAUCAAUUCAAAACUGUUUAAGAAAUUGAAUAACCUAAGGAAAUAAGCGAUAGUAAGAGUCCUGGAUUAAGAUUAGAAAUUUAAAGGGCUGAAAAGAAUGAAAUUGUCAAUCACUAUUAAUAAACUCAAUCUGAAUUUUACUCUGAAACCAUUUACAAUGUCGUUUAUACAGGUCAAGUCAAAUAGAAAUCGGUUGUUUAGGAAUUGUAGAACACUGUCCAAAUUUCGGUUGAAUUGAGUGAUUUUAAGAAACUGUACCCUUAUUUGCAUUAGGAUGAUAAGAUAGCAAUGAAAACCAUAAGUGACUCAAUUAUUGAUGCUGUUAAAGUGGAUAAAUAAGGAAAUGUCCUAAUUAAUGUCUAGAAGAUUAAUCCUUCUUUGAUUUAAGUGGAAACUGGAAAAAUAGAAGUUCAAGACCAAGUUCAAAGUAAAUUCAAACCUGAUAGCCAAAUCAUAUUAGCCAAAAAGAUAGUAUAUUUUGGAAAGCAGAAGUUCUUAAUGAAAAUUAGUGUACUAGAAAAAAGAGUCACCAAAAUAUAGGAUGACCCUGCUGAUGCUGUUGAAAAUCAUUUUGAGUCCCUCUUUUAAGUUGCUGCCAUGUCCCUGGAUAAAAAGGAUAGAGAUAAUGAUGGCACCUUUAAUAUUGAAUGGGAAUUGUCAAGUGAAGAUGCAUAACAGCUAACCCAUCAAAAGGACAGGAAAGUAAUAGCCAAUGAAUUGAGUAAAAGGACUCUGAUUGUCAAAGAUAAAUUUAUAUUCCUUGCCAUUGACAAAAAGGACAUUCAAAGACACCAUUACUAAAAUUGCAUUCUAUUUCUUGAAAAGGGAAUACGACCUAUACAACAUCAAUUCAGAAAUAGGAAACGAUUAAUCAAUUUCAGAGAUUACAAAUAAACUCUUAAGUAAUGGAAAGACCAACAUGGCCAAUUAUCAACUUCGGCUUCUCUUUACAUUGACAAUCUUUGCAGCGACCAGCAAUUCAUUGUAUUGUCUGGCGAAUACAAAUCGAAACGACUCAUGUUAAUUUGUUGGAAUCUGGAAGACUUUGAAAAAAAGAUGAUUGAAAUCCCUAAGUAAUAAUACUAAGAAUUAAUCAUGAAGAGCAAGGACGUGGCAAUCAAAUUGCUGACAUCCUACGUUGAAUACAAGGAUAAUGAGUUAGUAUUUAGACCUCCUUAAUUUUCAGAGAUUAAAAGCAAGUUAGAAUUCCUAUCCAAUCAAUUUAAGGAGUGA